AUGAGUGCCUUGCCCAUUCCACCCAACCGGCCUGCCAGCACGUGCAUCACGUGUCGAGCCCGCAAAGUCCGAUGCGACGGCCGCCGAGUGACUUGCAGCAAUUGUGACCGCUUGAGCCUGCCUUGCUCGUACGACGGCAAUGUUGGCGUCGAUAUCGUUUACGGUGACUCAGGUCACGGCACUGCAACUGCAACCGCCAUCUCGGUACCCCGCCGUCGAGCCCGCCAGGCAUGCCAAAACUGCCACGCCCGAAAGGCACGCUGCAGUGGCUCGUUGCCCAGUUGCGACCGCUGCCGUGGCCAAGGUCUUGAGUGUGUCUACCGCCCCACGAAGCGGUCCCUUCCGUUGCCGGGUCCUGCUACCACCGCUGCCUCCCCAGCCGGAGCCAUCAACGACAAUAUUCAGACGGCCCUGAGCUCGCCCAACGACCACGGCACGCCGCGCACCAGGACUGCCAGUCCUGCCGCUACCCUAGGCCAGCUGGAUCCCGGCGAGGCGCUUACUCUCCGGGCUUUUGACAACUUCUUCCGCCACAUCCACCACAUCCCGGUGUUUUCCUUUUUGCAUCGCGCCUCCGUCAUGCAGCGAUACCAUUCUGGAUCGCUGGCCCGCUCUCUCGUGCUCGCCUUGGUCGGCAUUACGGCCCUGCUCACCGACCUUGGCCCCGGUACUGAGGAGUACGGCAAUCAAUGUGUCGAAGAAGCGGUAUCUCUGUGCUUAGCCGAGCUCGAAAAACCCACCAUCCACUGCCUGCAGACGCUGGUCAUUGCCGUCAAACAUCGCAUCCUCUCGAAGCGGUACUCGGGCGCCUUCAUGCUGCAUGCCAUCGCCAGCCGUUUCGCCACAGCCCUCAGGCUGAAUCACGAAAACCCAGAGCUCUGCUUCCUCGCGCGUGAGUCUCGCCGUCGACUCAUGUGGUCGCUUUAUAUGAUUGAUUCCUUCAUAUCGGCCGGCCAGCGGGAUCUGGCCCUGUGGCCUGAUGCCGAACAUCAGAUCCAUGUGCAGCUCCCCUGCAAUGAACGAAAUUUUGAGUUUGACCUGCCCGAGCCGACUGAGCCCCUUAGACCGCCGGCCUUGGCUCCUGGGGGAACCAUCCCACCGUUGCCAGACGUGCUUGGUUUCAUGGCUCUGCAUGUCCGCAUCCACUGGAUGCGCACUCGAAUCCUGCAGUGCACAUCCAACGUGGCGGCCUCGCCAUCCGAAGAUGCCAUAGCGAUGCUGCCCUCGCAAUGUGCCGAUCUGGCUACCGAGCUAGAGGCUUUCGAGGCGAGGUUGCCGGCCUCGUUCCGCUGGUCUGAAGCUAACCUGGGUCUUCGCACGUAUUCCCCCAGGCUGGCCAUCUUCAUCAUGACCCAUGUCUGGUGGAGGCAAUGCCACCUCGACCUCUACCGCCUCUUUCUCCCCGGCUUGAGGGAAGCGCUCGCGCCGGCCGCGAUGCAGCAACUGGAUCCUCAUUUCGUUGCGCACAAGCGGCGGAGCUGCUAUGAACACGCCAGGGCCAUGGCCGACAUGUUUGCGCAGCUCCUGAGCCUGGGGAGCAGCGUCCCCGUCACAGACAUAGACCUGCCCGCGUGUGCCUUCCAGUGUUUGAGGGUCUUGUACCACUGCUUGCAAACGGAGGGGCCUGAUCAUGGAUUCACUCCAGAACGAGUGCAGGAGCUCGCCGCUGUCUGCCUCAAGACCGCUCGGCAGUGCACCGCCGGGCCGGCGUCUGCUAGCAUUCAAGCCGACAUCGAACGGCUCAUUGCAAACGGGCUGUUGCUGCCCGAAGAUUCCCCCGUUUGGCCAGGCCGCGCUCGUGGCUCGGCCGUCGCAGUUGGCAUGCCAUAUCUUGAUGAAUCGAUACCCAAUGAAACUCCCGUAGAGUCUUUUCAGCUGCCUGUGGCAGCACCAACAAUCGGCUCCACGGCUGCUGGAAGCGUGCCCAUGACGGAGACAUUGGUAGCCAGCGCAGCUCCUGCUUCUCAGGCCAGCGUAGGAACAAGCGCGAGUAAUGCGUUUGAGGAAAUAGCGGACGGGUUCAACUUUGGCCCCGAUCUGUUUGGGCCAGAGUCCCUGUCGGCGUUUCCAGGCUGGUCGACCAUGGGUCAUUUCCCUGGAAGCAGCAUGUGA